AUGACGUUGAAAAUUCAUCCGGAAUGUGAUGACUUGAAAGUGCAGUGCUCAAAUCUAACUCAACAGUUAGAAGAGUCAGGAGUGCGACUAGAAUUGGCUAAAUACGGCGAUAAGAAAAGCAGUUCCGCCACAGAAUCGAGUAGUAAUGCGGAAACAGAUAUGCGUCAGUUACAAGCAGAACUCGCUUCAGUUAAGGAUUUGCUUCGAGAACAAAUGGAAAAAUAUGAUAAGCAGUUAGAGGAAAAUGAAAGAUUGAGCAGCGAAACGGCUGAAUUGCGUUCUCUACUGGAUGAUGCAACGUUGCAACUCGAAUCGCUCAAAGAGAAUGUUAUGUCGUUGGAAAUGGCCGAUUUUGAGAAGACUGUUGAGAGGCUUCAGAAAGAGCUAAAAGUUGCGGCCGAUGAGAAGCAGUCGAUGCGUACCGAGCUGCAAGCAUCAAUGAAAGAUCUGGAGAGUAGUCGUGAAGAGAAUGCACGUCUUACGCAUAACAUCACCAAACUGAAAGCAGCUUUACGUAAAGUACGCAGUGAAAUAGAAGGCAAGUUUUAG